GGACUGGUAUUGUUCCAUGAUGGAUUAGUGCUGUUCCAAGAUGGACCCGUGUUGUUCCAAGACGGGAUGGUGUUGUUCCAAGAUGGACCCGUGUUGUUCCAAGACGGGAUGGUGUUGUUCCAAGACGGGAUGGUGUUGUUCCAGGACGGGAUGGUGCUGUUCCAAGACGGGAUGGUGCUAUUCCAAGAUGGAUCGGUGUUGUUCCAAGACGGGAUAGUGCUAUUCCAAGAUGGAUUGGUAUUAUUCGGAUUGGUGUUGUUCCAAGAUGGAUCGGUGUUGUUCCAAGACGGGAUGGUGCUAUUCCAAGAUGGAUUGGUAUUAUUCGGAUUGGUGAUGUUCCAAGAUGGAUUGGUGUUGUUCCAAGACGGGAUAGUGCUAUUCCAAGAUGGAUUGGUAUUAUUCGGAUUGGUGUUGUUCCAAGAUGGAUUGGUGUUGUUCCAUGACGGGAUGGUGCUGUUCCAUGACGGGAUGGUGCUGUUCCAAGAUGGAUUGGUAUUAUUCGGAUUGGUGUUGUUCCAUGACGGAAUAGUGCUAUUCCAAGAUGGAUUGGUGCUGUUCCAGGAUGGAUUGGUGUUGUUCAGUGAUGGUAUUGAACUGUUUUCUGUAAAUGAAAUAAUAGCACAUGUCUUAAUCAUAUAUCCUAAAUAUAAAUUCCGCCUGGUUCGUUUACGAGGUUUCGUUUAUUAUUUCAAAUAG